AUGGAGAACGACGAGAACAAGAAGAAGGAACUAUUCUGGUGUGCCAUGAAAAGGGAAUGGCGGAAGGUCAUUGAAAUGUACAAGAAAGACGCGAGGCUUCACGGGACCAGAAUUACUCGCUCAGGAAACACAACGCGUUGCACAUUGCAGCCUCAGAUGGCAAGGAGGACGUGCUUCAAUGGGGAAUGCCACCCCACGUGUCACAUCAUUGCCAGCGUCGAGCCUACCUCGGUGGACGAUCGUAACGAUGACGGCGAGAAGCCUCUCUUCUUGGCCGCUCUCCAUGGCGGAAAACAAGCUUUUCUCCGCCUCCAUUUCAUCCGAAACCCAAUCAGAACCGCCGCCCCCUGUUACAAUAAUUGUAGAGGGAAUAAUGGUGACACUAUCCUUCACUCUGCAAUCAACGGUGACUACUUUGGUAUAUAUGUUGAGGAGCUUCAGGAAGAAAAUCCAGAGGGCGAACUACAGACAUGCCCUGCUGCACCCAUGCACAUAGUGCGCAAACCUGUUGAAGCAAAUGCGGAAGAUCCUGAAGCGGGAGCUCAGGCAAACUCACUAUUUCCCGCUAAUUACAAAACCUGUCGCCAUUUGAUCAAGUUCUUUUAUCUGGAGUUUCUGAUUAUUCUGGGGAAAGACGAGGAUGAUGGGAACAGCCCCAACGAGUACGAGUACGUGUAUGAUGGGAAUACGACGUGGUCACAGACCCUUGCCACAUCAGUCGAACCUACAACUACAAAUACCAAGAUAACUAUUAGUAUUAUUACGUGUUUGACAUACAAUUGUGCGGAACAUGAGAAGAAAAGGAGGGGGACGGAUACUGCAAUGUUAGUGGCGGCAAAGAAUGGUGUGAUGGAAAUAAUAGAGAAGAUUGUAGAGUUGUUUCCGGGGGCUAUUCACGAUCUGAAUGAAGAUAAGAAGAACAUGUACAGUGUUAUUGGUUGUAGAAUACAGGCAACCUCACGUGUACCAGUUCUUGCUGAAGAAGAAUAUUUACAAAGAAAGCCUAUUCCAUCAAGUGGACACGGAUAUGGAAACAGUGCGUUGCGCCUGGCAGCCACACUCCGUGACCACAAGCCUUGGCUCAUUCCCGGUCAAGCUCUUCAAAUGCAAUGGGAACUCAAGUGGUACAAGUUUGUGAAGGAGCCGAUGCAGCCUGGUUUCUUAGACCGAUACAACCUGAAACCCAGAUGA